ACUAGCAGUCCGAUUUCGGAGACCCUCUCUGCACGCAGCACCCUGGGAUACUGGCAGUCCUAUGGCCUAAAGUGCGGGAGGAGUGGCAGUGUUGGCGGAGGUAUCGGCGGUAAUAACAGCAGUAGUGUUGGGCGAAUGUAACCCGAAAAAAAAACGCGCUCUGGGUGCGAAGCCCAGGCGGGGUCUUACUAGUCCCGGUCCCUCCUAUGAAUCCUAAAUCUGAUUCUGAGGGACCGGUACAAGGCUCGAUAUCUCGAAUCCAGGUCUGCAGAGAGUACAACAUAAAGAAAUCUGUUGACAGCCCUGUACUUCAGUAAUUGAGCCCUUCUCACUGAGCUCAUGUUUUGUAUUACUACCAUUGCUGCUUUCUUGUGCUGCAUGUAUAUAUUUAUUUCAUUCGCUGUUGAUCGUGAGAAGGUGCGACGAAUACUGUUUGUUUCUGAAGAUGUGGUAAGGCCUUGUGGUAAGAAGUCAUGCUAAGUCUCAGGAUGUAGGGAGCAGUGGAGGAAGUGACGGCGUGCCUUACUUUGGAAUUGCCUCUGGUGAGAAUUUUAACUUUGGCCUCUCUUCACCAGGUAAACGUUUCCCCCUAUGUGCAAGUUCAUUUUGAUAAAUUUGAGUACAAGAGAUAUGAAGGUGUGAUGCAAAAGAUCAUAUUUUAAGGUUGGCCACUAUGCACCUUAAGCCAUAUCCAAAGCUUCAAAAGAAAGAUGCAUCUCUUGAAUCAAGCCAAGAGACACUUGGAGGGCUUUGCUCAAGCCAGCGUGCAACUGUAAGAGUUGAACGAUGCCAAUCAACCUAUAACAAACAGUCAUGUUGUAAAUCCAUUGCGGUUAGUACAGUGGCAUCUCACAUCAGCUUGUGGUGUCCAAGACCCUUUGGUUUCAUUUCUCAAAAUAAAAUGUGCAAUAUGAGGAAUCCAGCUGAAAAUCUUGCAUUUAAGGGAAGAAAGAAGCAUGUGGCUGAAAAUAUUCUGCCUCCUUCAAUUCAUCAAGAAGAAGGAGAGGCACCACUGGAUAUAUGGGCAGUCAUAAAACCUGGGAACACAAAGGAGAAAAUUGCUUUCUUUGCAGCACAUCAGUGCAAUAACAGGACUGGUUCCAUGAAAAUAAAAAGCAGCUGGGAUACUGAGGUCACAACUGCGAAACGCAGAAGGAAAUCCGCAGAUCUAGAGAAAGUAAAAAAUCAACCAAUGAGAAUAAAAGAUAAUGUGAAGGAUGUUGACAGAAAGUGUUUGCAUUUUGACCCCCCAACAACCAGUAAUAGUGAGGAAAAUUCAUCUGUCAAUAACGAGAAACAAAAUGGUGAUGGACUGUGUCAUAGUAGCACUCUCUCUGUAGCAGAAAUGGUGGCUUUUCUAGAACAAAGGGCAAAUUCCCUGCUCCCAGACUGUAGUAAAACACUUACAAACGCCAGUGCUAACAUAUCAGGUAUUGCGUAUUCAAAGGGAGGGUCCUUGUCAUCAGAAUCGAUUUCUGCUACAGGUCCCGAAUUUGAUUUAAACCAUAAAACGUCAACUGAAAAUAAUAAACUACAGGGUGAGUAUGUCCGGGUUAUAGAAGUUAUAGCUAAGUUGGAAUCAGAAUGCAUGAGAAACCAACAUGACAGAAGUGGGGAGAAUCUGUCUCGGAAUAAUAGUUUUCGGAGAGGAGUGGGGAGGGUUUUGCUGACAAGUCAACACCAAUCAGAACAAAGCACCAAGAGUGCGGAACCUUUUACAUCAUCCACAGGGGUAUCCAAAGCAGGCAAUAGCAUUGGAGAGAACAAAAAACAGUACAGCCACAUAAGCAGAAGCUGUACUAAUCAAUGCACUGAAUCACAGGAGGAUGCCACAUAUGUUGCAUCUCCAGUUAGUAACACUUCAGGUGUUGUGUUGGAUUUAUCUAGCAAAGAGUUUUCAAUAACCUGCAAAGAAACAGCAUCAUUGCCAAACGGUACCAGAGAAAUUCUCAACAGUAAUGUUGGGAUACCAGAGGAGUUGCAUAAGACCCCAUCUCUAUGUUGGGAAGUGAACAAUAAGUUUGUAUCAAACUUUACUUUACCUGGGAAUGGUAGGGAUGAGUAUGCAAAUGACUUUGCUGUUGAUAAGGAGCUGGUGUCCUGUAGGGUGAAUGAGGAAACUGAAUGCAAAUCAGUAACUCGAUCUAAUUGGGAAGAGUCUACUCCUUGUGAGGAACCACUUCCUGGAGAAUUAUUUUUCACACUUGAACAGUCCCAUGUGGAAAACUUGGAUUCAAAUGAAAAUACUACUGAGGAACUCCAGGAUGUCGCACAAUGCAAGGAUGAUUUUCUGACUGCUGAAAGGAAAAUAUUUGACAAAAAUUGCUUAGAAACAGGUCAGGGUGAGUCUUGUAUCUCUUUCAAAACCACAUGCCCCUCAUUAACUGAACUCUUUCCGCUAAGAAGACAAGUAUCUCAUGAAUUUCUAGAAACACGCUUCAAAAUCCAACAGCUUCUUGAACCUCGGCAGUACAUGGCCUUUUUACCACACCACAUUAUGGUGAAGAUAUUCAUGUUCCUCCCUACCAAAACGCUGGCAGCUCUGAAAUGCACAUGCCAUUAUUUCAAGUUCAUUAUAGAAAACUACGAUAUUAGAGCAACAGAUUCACGCUGGGUUUGUGACCCGCGAUACAAGGAUGAUCCAUGCAAGCAAUGUAAAAAGCAUUACUCAAAAGGGGAUGUAUCACCAUGUCGGUGGCAUUCAAAACCCUAUUACAAAGUUUUACCGUAUGGGCGAUCAUACUGGAUGUGCUGUUGGCAAACGGAAAAAGAUUCACCGGGCUGUAAAAUUGGGCUUCAUGAUAAUAAUUGGGUGCAGUCCUGUAAUCAUAUCCAGCAAAUAUGUGAAAAAGCAAAAAAGAAUGGGGAAGGAAUGUGACAUUUUUUUAAAAAUUGGAUCUGGUUUUGUCUGGCUAGAUUUCUAGGAAAAUUCCUGUUGGAUGAUCUGUAGAGAUUGGAAUAUUUUGUCAGUCCUGCACUGUUUACAUUGUACAGUAUGAUCAUAUUAGCUUAUAUGAAUCUGCAUGUACAGAACUGCAGCACCUGUUAGCUGUGCAAGAUGUGCAGUAUUUGCUCUAUCAUGUGUUUGAUCAAUGAUAGUAUUGUACUGUUAAUGUAGCUGGCACAGCAUCAAAUCACUACAAUGCAGCUAUGUCAAUGUUGCAAUUAGUCUGUUUUAAAUAUCAGUCUUUAUUUUGAAUAGUUUGUAUAUUCUAUCUAAAAUUACAUUUAAAUGAAAAUGCAAAGUACUGGUGUGGGAAUGAGCUCAAACACCUCUUAACAAAAUUGGUCAUGUAAGAUAUGGUUAGAAUUCUAGUCAAAUGUUGCUAUACAAUGUUGGGGAAAAUACAUGAAAAAAUGUUAUUGGCAUUACAAAAUUACAGGUUAUGCAAAAUGGCUUAAUUUUUUUCGGUAGCAUUGCUUGGAUUUUGAAUUUUUAUUUUUGCUGUUGGUGCUUUAGAUUGAGUUAUAAUGAUAUUGGUGAACCUUUUUCUGGUCUUUAAAGAAACUAUGUGAAAGUUUACUUGCUUUUCUGUUUUUUUUGAAAGUCUCAUUCAUGUAGUUGCAAAAUGUAAGGAUGUUCACUAAGUGCUUUCAACGAGAUACUUUGCACUUUGCGAAAUGUUUUUUUCCUAUUUGGUAUGUACACCUUUUGGUUCCUGAAAGCAUCUGUAUUCAUAUUUUGCUAUUUAGUCAAUAAAUGGACACACUCCCUUUUAAUACUUACUUUAAAAUC